CAGUUUCCCUUCUUGCCAGCCUGUGCCUAUUUCCCUGCAGUUUCACCUGCGUGUUGGUGCCAGUCCCAUCCCCGCACUGCACAGUCUAAUACCGGCUCCUCUCUCUUGCCAGCACCAUGACACCUGCCCUGGAGCCAGAGCUGGAGACCCACCUCCUCCGAGCUGCCCUGCACGCCGUCUUCACCCUGGGCAUGGAGAAGGACACCACCCAAGUGCAGGAUCUGCCUAGGGUCUUGCCAGACCUCCUGGACGCCAUGCUGGGGAACCUGCUGGCAGAGUCCCCAGACACAGACAGGCUCCAGUACAUCUUGGAGCACAUUAACUACUGGAUCGUGUCCAGGGUGCCGCGAGAGAGAGCCAGGGCCGUUAAGAGCAGCACGGCCCUGCUCAGAUCCACCAUCACCCUCCCUGAGUUUGACAACUCAGCGGAAUUCCCCAGGAUGGGUCACCACAUGGCACAGCUGGCUCUGUCCGUCAGUGACCCAGACAAGGACAUCAGCCGGCAGGCCAGGGAUGGGGUUUACCGGCUCUACCAGCUGCUGCUGCACCAGAGGGGUAAGGAACCCAGCUGGGAAAUGGCACCCGCUAGAAGAGUGAGACUCGGACCCCAGCCAAGUUCUCUCAGACUGACCCCGGCUGGAGGAUGAGUCUCUCUAUCUCUUUCUGUGUUCCACACCACGCCCUGCAAUUCUGUUGGGCUGGGCACGCAGCGAGGACUCUGCCCACUGUGCAGCCACCAAUGGGAUUGGAAGGACACAAGCCCUGCAACCAGAAGGACAAAUGUGUGUGUGUCUCUCUCCCUCUCACCUACUCCCUCCUGGGGGAAACCCAGCAGCUGAUGGGGGACAAGGUGAGCAGCUGCAUUAGACUCAGGAGAUUGGGGCGGGGCCCAGGCCUCAUUCCCAUCCUGUGGCCAUUCGCUGGCCUGGCACAAGGAGCCUGGUGGGGAAUGAAAGGGAGAGCAGGUGCUCCUGGGAAGGGAGAUGAAUUCACCUCCAUGAGCAGGAGCGAGCCAGCUUGUCCCCGGAGCAGCUCCACCCAGCUCUUUAGCCAGGCUAAUUAAUGACAAGCUUUGCCUCAUCCCAGACUUAUGUUCUUAGGACAGGGUGCUAUCGCUCUUGGGAAGGGCAGGAGAGUCCCCCAAGUGCCCUCUGCGAGACUCUCCUGUCCCACAGGGCCGCACCCAAUUCCUAGUGGUCUG